AGGUGCGGUGGGCGCCCGACCAGACAAAAGGAGCGGGGCUGCGGGGCUGAGCACACGUGAAUAUUCCUGCAGUCCGCUCGUUUUUUUUUCUCAGGGCCAUUAAACUUUGCGUGUAGUUUAUUCGCAUGAGAUCGUGGGAAGGGCAGGUGCCACAGACCUCCCCCAGCCGCUGUGUUACUCCGUGCCCCCCGGACUGGCGUAAAAAUCGUCCCCCGCCUCCUCCUUGACAAUAAUUGAUAGAAUGGCCCUAUUUUUUUCAGAAAUAGAAGGCCUCGCUGUAGUUUACCAGAUGUUCUGCAGUUCUUUGAGCGGGAGCAUGAACAAGUUCUUUACUACCUCAUGAGGAAAACUGCAUUUUUGAGUGCAUCCUUUCACAUAGGUAUCUGCAGCACCCAUCUGCUUGUGUUGUAAAGUUAUUCACACUCCUAGAAACCCAUUCACAAACUGAAGAAAAAAAACCUGUAAUUUUACUGUGUUGGUCAUUAAGUUCAAACACAGAUUUUUAUGCAUUCAGUUAAUUUUUCUGACCUACUUUUUCUUUUUUUAAAAUCCAUUAGCAAGAUCAAAAAGGCUCAGCUUAGCGCCAGAGUGAUUUUUUUCUUCAGCAAGGGAAGGUUUAAAAAAAUGGCUGAAGAUGGCAGUGAUGAGAUUAUGUUUAUUUGGUGUGAGGACUGUGGGCAGUACCAUGAUUCAGAGUGUCCUGAGCUGGGCCCGGUGGUGACAGUCAAAGACUCCUUUGUAUUGAGCAGGGCAAGAUCAUCUCUGCCUUCUAACUUGGAGAUAAGACAGCUGGAGGAUGGGACUGAGGGYGUGUUUGCUCUGACUCAGCUGGUGAAACGUACCCAGUUUGGCCCCUUUGAAUCCAAGAGAGUUCUCAAGCUGGAGAAAGAAUCAGUUUUCCCCCUGAAGGUSUUCCAGAAGGAAGGGCCCCUGGUCUAUUUUGACACCACAAACGAAGAUGAUUGCAACUGGAUGAUGAUGGUGCGCCCAGCCACCGAGUAUGAGCAUCAAAACUUAACUGCCUUCCAGCAUGACAAUGACAUUUACUUCACCACCUGCCAGGACAUCCCCCCGGGAACUGAGCUGCGAGUGUGGUAUGCAGCUUUUUACGCCAAAAAAAUGGAAAAGCCAGUGCUGAAGCAGGUCACUAGUGUUGCCAAUGAUACGUCCUUGGCAGCGAUGGAAUCUGAUAAAGAGGGGAGUAAUAAGGUCUCUUUGAAGCCUUCAUCUGCUGUCUUACCCCAUAAAAAAAGCAAGAAAUCCAGCAUGCUAGCAGCUGACCCMGCAGUGAACACUCCAGAAGGCAGUGGAACAGCAGAAGCAAAGCCCAACCACUGGACGUGUAAAGUGUGCUCAUCUGCUUUCCAAGAGCCCCAGCUGCUGACAGAGCACUUGCUGAGCCACCUGGAACAAGCCAAAGGUGUCCCCCCAAGCAGCCAAAAUGAUGCUGAGAAAGCAGAGAAAGCAGCAGAGGCUGCCCCAGCGGAUCAGCCUGUGGCGAGUGAUGGAGCCAGUGCCAGCACAGACUCGAGGAGAAAGGCCAGGAGGGGRAGAAAGGCCAAAACAGCAAAAACAGAAACACCUCUUGUCAUMGAUGAGGAGAAGGAUUCUGCAGUGGAACGUGUGGCUGACCCUGUCGCUGAGGUCCCUCCUGAGGAGGUGGCCCUGCCUCCAGCUCCAGAAGAGAGGAUUAUGGAUUUGGUUUUAGGAAAGGUGCCCAGCACCACAAACAGCAUCAGCUCAGUGACAAAUAGGUUUGCUCAUCACCAAAACACCAUGUCCCUCAAAAGAAGUUUAAUUCUCUCCAGUAGACACGGGAUUCGGCGGAAGCUGAUAAAGCAGCUGGGGGAGCACAAGAGGGUCUAUCAGUGCAGCAUCUGCAGUAAGAUCUUCCAGAACAGCAGCAACCUCAGCAGGCACAUCCGUUCUCAUGGUGACAAACUGUUUAAAUGUGAGGAAUGUGCAAAGCUGUUCAGCAGGAAGGAGAGCUUGAAGCAGCACGUGUCAUACAAGCACAGCAGGAAUGAAGUGGACAGUGAGUACAGGUACAAGUGCACCACCUGUGAAAAGGCCUUUCGGAUAGAGAGCGCACUGGAAUUCCACAACUGCAGGACAGAUGACAAGACAUUCCAGUGUGAGAUGUGUUUCAGAUUCUUCUCCACAAACAGYAACCUUUCAAAACACAAGAAAAAGCACGGGGAUAAGAAGUUUGCWUGUGAGAUCUGCAACAAGAUGUUCUACAGGAAGGAUGUCAUGCUGGACCAUCAGAGACGUCACUUGGAAGGGGUGAGGCGUGUGAAGAGAGAAGACUUUGAGCACAGCACGGAGAACAUGGUUCGCUACAAGAAGGAGCCCUCGGGGUGCCCCGUGUGUGGCAAGGUAUUUUCAUGUAGAAGCAAUAUGAACAAACACCUUUUAACACAUGGAGACAAGAAAUACACGUGUGAGAUCUGUGGACGCAAAUUUUUCAGGGUGGAUGUGUUGAGAGAUCAUAUUCAUGUCCAUUUUAAGGACAUAGCCCUAAUGGAUGAUCACCAGAGGGAAGAGUUCAUUGGUAAAAUUGGAAUCUCAUCAGAGGAAAAUGAYGACAACUCUGAUGAAAGUGCAGAUUCUGAGCCUCACAAGUAUAGCUGCAAAAGGUGCCAGCUGACCUUUGGCAGAGGRAAGGAGUACCUGAAGCACAUCAUGGACGUGCACAAGGAGAAGGGUUAUGGCUGCAGCAUCUGCAACCGGCGCUUCGCCUUGAAGGCCACGUACCACGCGCACAUGGUCAUCCACAGGGAGAAUCUGCCCGACCCCAACGUGCAGAAAUACAUCCAUCCUUGUGAAAUCUGUGGGAGGAUUUUUAAUAGUAUAGGAAAUCUGGAAAGACAUAAGCUUAUACAUACAGGUGUAAAAAGUCAUGCUUGUGAGCAAUGUGGCAAAUCAUUUGCUAGAAAAGACAUGUUAAAAGAACAUAUGCGAGUCCAUGAUAAUAUCCGAGAAUACUUGUGUGCAGAAUGUGGCAAAGGAAUGAAGACAAAACAUGCCCUUCGUCACCACAUGAAGCUUCACAAAGGGAUUAAAGAAUACGAGUGCAAGGAAUGUCACCGAAAAUUUGCUCAGAAAGUCAACAUGCUGAAGCAUUACAAAAGGCACACAGGAAUCAAAGAUUUCAUGUGUGAGCUCUGUGGCAAGACGUUCAGUGAGAGAAAUACAAUGGAGACUCACAAGCUGAUUCAUACAGUAGGAAAACAGUGGACAUGUUCAGUGUGUGAUAAGAAGUAUGUCACUGAUUACAUGCUGCAGAARCACAUCCAGCUCACCCAUGACAAGGUGGAAGCCCAGAGCUGUCAGCUGUGUGGGACAAAGGUUUCUACCAGGGCRUCCAUGAGUCGACACAUGAGGCGUAAACACCCAGAGAUUCUUUCAGUGAGGAUUGAUGACUUAGAUCCUCUGCCAGAGACAACGACCAUUGAUGCCUCUUCAAUUGGRAUUGUUCAGCCGGAAUUGGCCUUGGAACAGGGUGAAUUACCAGAAGGGAAGCAGCACGURAAAGCUCCUAAACGUGGCCAGAAACGAAAACAAAAGUCAGGGGAGGAGGAGGAAGCUCAAGUGCCUGAGGACCCUGCCUUCAGUGAAUACACAGAGAAGGAAGGUGAAUUCACAGGGAAUGUUGGAGAUGARACAAAUUCAGCUGUACAGAGCAUCCAGCAGGUGGUGGUGACCCUCGGUGACCCAAACGUCACCGCUCCCUCCAGCUCCGUGGGGCUCACCAACAUCACCGUCACCCCCAUCACCACAGCRGCUGGCACCCAGUUCACCAACCUCCAGCCCGUGGCCGUGGGCCACCUGAGCGCCCCGGAGCGCCAGCUGCAGCUGGACAACUCCAUCCUGACCGUCACCUUCGACACCGUCAGCGGCUCGGCCAUGCUGCACAACCGCCAGAGUGACAUUCAGCUCCCGCCGCAGCCCGAGGCGCCCAACCCGCAGUCCGUGGCUCAUUUUAUAAACCUGACCACCCUGGUGAACUCCAUUGCUCCACUGGGCAACCAGAUGACAGAGCAGCACCCCCUGAGCUGGAGGUCAGUGCCUCAGACUGAUGUCCUGCAGCCCCCGGCGCCGGCCACGCCGCAGCAGCCRGGCCAGCAGCCGGUUCAGACAGAGCAGCAGCAGCAGCAGAUGUACAGCUACUAAUUUAUACUUGGGAAAGUGCUGGCGUGGACACUACUCAGAGACAAAAAAACACACAAACCUUUGGAAAAUUUCUAAUAGGAUUGUUUGCUGGAUACCAAACAGAGAUGGGAAAAUGUUUAUACAAUGAAAUUUAAGCUGAAAUUGGCACAUCGCCCUGCAACGCCCCUGGUCUGAGAUUCUCACGCUAUCUCCAGACCUUGUGCUGUUUUAAAAAAAUUACAAAGAAAAAAAAAAUCUCACCACAAAUUUAACAUCCCCUUGCAGUUGUGCGGUAAGRUUGAGAUUUGACAGGUGCUUCAUCACACACCUUAACCAAAGUGGGGAAAUCCUAAAUUUUACAGCACUUGUGAUGUAGAAAAACCCUUUCAGCCAUACCAUGUCGCUGCUUUCCAAGUGUGGAAAUGACGUCUGAAGACCUUGUUCGCAGUGGGUGGAAUUGUGGUCAGCUGGUAGAGACUGAAAUGUGGAGACACAGAUGGGCAAAACAAGAAUUGUCUUUGUUUCUUAUCUUCUUUAGGUCUUGUAUUGAACAACAUCAGUAAAGUAGGUGGAAUUUGGGGUUUUGGGGUGGGCAUGAGUGUGGUGUGGAAAAAAAUAUUACCAGUUAUUUCCAUUUUAGUCAUGGRAAAACCCCUGUACCCAUCACACAGUGUUAGUGCUCCUUGAGCCAGAGAGCUGUCUAAUGCUGRAGCAAACUUUUGUGGUCUUCUGGUCAAGUUUCAAUCAAACCAAUUGCAAACUGAAAAAAGAAUGUGAYACAAUUUUAUGUAAUUUUUCAGCCCUGCUCUUUCAAUCUUGCUUUUAGCUAAUAGGCCUGAAGAGCAAUCAGUCCCCUUUGAUGAAGUUCAGGAUGUAAAUUUUUUUUCAAUUAGACUUAUUUCAUCGUGUAAUAAACAUUUGAGAAAGCAUUCUUUUUAUAUAUAUAUACAUAUACAUAUAUAUAUAUAUAGCCUUUGUACUUUACUGUGUGUUCCUGRUGAGUAUUUGUGUGAAAAACACUGUUACCAACACAAUUCAUUAACUUUUUUCGUCCCCACGUUGCCCUUUCUCAAGGGAAUAACGCAGGGAUUCUUUUCCUUCUGUUUCCAAAACUUUGUUCCAAAGUUCGCAGGUGCACACGAGGUUGUGUGAAAUGCAGGGGAAAGAAAUGUCUGGAGCAUAUUCUGUGUCCUGCCACAUGGAGUCAGUGUGCCCCAGUGUAUCAGGAGCGAGGUUUGCAUGGGGAUGCAAAUAGUGGGUUGGGUCAAACACAUCUUUGCUGACAGCACGCCUUCAUUCCAUUCUCCAUCCAUGGAUGUGCAGUCUGAACUUUUGCAUGUCAAGAAGAUGAUUUCAUUCCCACAGGGAAAAAUGAGCUGAUAGCAAAAAGGAAUAAACUAAAUAUAUAUAUAUGCAUACAUAUUUAUAUAUAUAUAUAUAAUAAUGUUGCUUGGAAUCCUGAAGGGCAAAACCAGCUGUGGCUGAAGGUCCUCUGGGGCAGCAGGCUGAGCCACAGAACUCUGCUGAAAGGUUUUUUUUCCCUGAGGAUAAAGCUGAAAGGUUUUUUUCCCUGAGGAUAAAGCUGAAGGGUUUUGUUUCCCUGAGGAUAAAGCUGCUGCUGUGUCGGACAGUGAGGAUGGAUUGGUGGUUGUAGAAAUCCUGUCUGUGCCUAUCGUAUUUAUGAAAGAGUUCUAUGUUUAGCAGAAAUAUGAGUAGGAAUGACCUCAGCUUUGAAAGAUUCUAUAACAUAACCCCUAAAGGAUGCCUUAUAAUCUUUGCAACACGUUCUCUCAAAGUAUAAAUGCCUGGAUAUUAAAAUUAAUCUCCACUGGUUUUCUUGGUGCCAUGGCUGUGUCCAGAGGUUUCCUAUGCCAGGCUUUGUGUAAAGCUGCAGGGCAUGGAUAGGAAAGGGGUUUCUGGUGACAGAUUCUGUGUGUCAAAGGAGCAGAACUACUUUUAUUUAUAUGUCAACAGGUCUAUAAAAUAUCUUCAUGGGAGGGACCAGUAUUUGAUGGGACAAGGAUGCAUAUCAGAAAGAAAAUGUACAUUUUAAUGGGUGUGGGGAAGAGAAUUUUUCAUUCUCUGCUCACUUUUGCCUUCCUUAGGUACUUUUCACACAAACGCCAUGAGAUUCUGUAAUUUUUUAGCCUCUCAUUAGCCUGAGUACAGUUCCUGGAUUAUUUCCCACUGGCUUGAGCUAGUUCAGUUUCUCCUCAGCUGUCCUGUCCACAAACGUUUUUSUUUCACACCAAACCCACUGGGCAAGAGGAAGCCAGGUUUUAUUUAUGAAAUAUAUUGUUCAUGUACUUGAAACUUCUUUCCCCAUGUUUGGUGCCUGAUUGGCAAAGGCACGUUAUAUUUUGGCAGGGUACUUUGGAGAGAGGGGAGGAAAAAAGGGAAGGAAAGCAAAUGGACAGCUCCUAGGUUGAGUUGUUAUGGUAAAUAUAGAAUUUCUACAAGAUAGAAGUUUUGUUGAGAUACAUGUAAAUGGUGAUGAAGCUUUUUACUGGGGAGGAAGAGGCUUUUUGCCUUGGCAGAGUCCAUCUGCUCUGUGUUGAUACUCCUGACAGGAGCAUUUGUGCUGCCUCAUGAAAAAACCUGCAGCAUUUUAACCCAUAAUUGUUUGAUAAGAAUUGCACUCAGAAGAAAUCCACCAUUGGACACCUUUGUGGCUUCACAAAAUCUUUAUCCUGAUGUGACCCCUGGUUUUCAGUACUCUUUUGGGGUCUGGCAUCCCUCCCAUAUCCCAUCCAGACAAUAGGAUCUUGCCUUCCUGGCAGCGGUUGAUUCCGACUGAUUUUAGAAGGAAUGAUCCUGCACUGAGUGCUUGCAUGUUGGUGGUCACGAAGAAAUGUCCYUCUUCAAUUUCUCAGUAUCCCCAAAUUCACAGAACAGCCCAGGCUGGGCAGCACCUCAGAAGAUUAAUUGGUCCAGCCAUUUUUUGGGGAAAGAGAGCAUAGGUGAGAUGAUGGAAUCAUAAAAUCAUCAUUAACCAACAUCCUGUCCAAUCUCAUCUUUAAAAACUCCAGUGAGACAUCUCUGGGGAGGUUGUUCCAGUGGGUGGUUGUUCUUACUGUAAAAAUUACCUUAAAUAAUAUUCAGGACGGGGAAAUAUAACCACUGGAAGGGCUUUGGUUAGGCAAUAGAAAGCUCUCUAAAAACUGAUUUCCCCAUUGCCCUCAGUCAGGAUCGUGUCUUUUCACCACAACCCUUGCUGUGGUACCUCAUAAUUCCCAGCAUGAUUUUGUUAUUACUACUGUUACUAAUAUCUCUAUGAGAAAACAGCUGUAUCUUGGGUGUGCUGCACCGUGAAAAGAAAAAAAAAAAAUCAGAACAAAUUAUUCUGUUUGCUUUUGUUUCAAAUCCAUUUGUUUGGAGAUGUUGGAAAUUGCUGCCUUUUCAGAGCUUUCCUUGGACAAGCAGCGACUGCUCUCCCAGCUAAGCCUUUUCCAGGUGAAUACCAAAGUUGUACKGAUGCUGUUUUCAAACUGCACAGGAAAUAAAACUACUACGUAAGGGAUGUGCAAUCGAAUUUUCCUCUGCCAGUUUGUUCCCUGCCUUUUCAGCUGUAGGAUGCSAAGGUUUCACUGUUUUCAGCCACGUGUUGGAGGUUUUGCCUAGCAACUGUUCAGUCACAAACUGGAAUUACUUUGAGCCAAAGGAGUGAUGUUGUGUGGUGUUCUGUGUAUUGUCAUUGUUUAUUGCUAAGGCUAUUAUUUAAUUGAAUGCUGUCUGUGGCACACGGGCUCUGAAGUAAAGGAGCAUCGAGGUACAGAACCCUUUUCUCUGCCAGUGUUAUUCUUUUCUGUUCCUUAAUUAAGGUAUCAAACUUCUUUUUUUUCUUCAAAUCUCGCAGACUUGCCCCAAAAGCAGUAAGAUUAACCCUCAUCUCCUGGAACUUUGUACAUCCCAAAUUACAGAAGGGUAGUGUUCUAAAAUAUUUAUAUUGUAGCUUGUUACUGGGUAAUAACAGAAAGCAGGAGAGAUUGAAUCUUUCAUGGUUUCUGUGCUGAGUUCUCUCAGGAGAAUUGACUGUAUCAAGUGUUAUUAUGCUCUCUAAAACUAAUUUUUUUAAACUCUGUCACUAUGAAAAGUGAGCAUUUUUGCAGAAACCCACCAGCCAGUCUCCUGCCAGUCUAACCAGCCACAUUUCUGUACUCUAUUGUUCCAGAGACUGUUUGAAGUUA